GGUGGCGCGGCCCCAGCUGGCUAGGGGUCGGAAGGAGUGUUUUCAUGAAGAGCUGAGCCAGCCCGAGCAACUCUCCUCUUCGUUUCGGGCAAAAUUAAUGUCACAAUACUAGCGUGAUCGUCACUAAGUGGGCAGCUCUAGUAAACCGAGGCAGGUUGGCCUGCGUGAUCGGGAACCACGCGCUCAGUCGACCCAAACGUGUACCAACAAAAAUUGUUAGUCGACAACAUUAUCGUGUUGUUGGCAUGAUUGGGUUCGAGACCAGUGCCUAUGGCGGAGCGCGGUGAGGGGACCGCAGGGGGGUCACACUCACGAGCCACCACCAGUGGGGCCCACACUGCGGCAACCAGGAACAGCAGAAAUCAGCUGGUUGGGUCAGUAGUGGAGGGGUUGGAGAGUUUCGGGAGUCCCUUACCCUUACGCAAGCGAAAGAUUGGUAUCACAGAGGUGGUGCAUACCAAAAGGAGAAACAGUGACGGGCCACAGGAGCCUGCUGGAGGUUUCAGUAGCAUCACGUCCAAUACCACAGGUGCUACUGGCACCACAAGCAAGAGGCAGAGGAUUAGCAGCAACAGCAGCAACAGUGACGCACGUUACGCAGAUAGUGGUGAUUGUGCCGAUUGUGGCUUGGAGAGCCCGGCAAGCAAGCGUCAGCGUCGGAGCAGUCACGUAGAGAGCCGGAGCCACUCAGCUGCCAGCCUGGCCGCCAACGCACCCAGCACACCCACUCGCAACCAGGUUGCGCCAAGGAGAUCAUCUCGUAUUGUUGAGAAGAAUAAGCUGUCCAAUGUAAAAGCUGGUCAGUUUGCCUGUAGCAAGGAUUUAAAAAUAAGUCUUAAAAGGAAUUGUAAAAUGACUAUGCUGUCCAGCACUUCAUCAGGGAAAGGUAUUGAGACUUUGCUUGCUAGUACAUCAUCAAAUACAGGCAAAAUGAGCCUUAAAGGAAGCAGUCUAUCAUCAGAAAUUCAAAAUUGCAGAUUUGUAUUAAAGGGAAAUCUCUGGUCAUGUGAUGUGUCCCAUACAAUUCCGGAAACAAACUCUGCCAUAAUUAACACUAAGAAAAAAAUUAAAAGACCGGUUUCUUCAAGAAGCAUUCAAACACGUCAAAGCAACACAUACAGUUCUUUGAAUGGCUGUUCAAAUAGUCAUGCAAAUAAAAAGGAGACUCAAAGAGGAAAGAGUAGAAUUGACAAAAUGUCAAUUGCCAAUGACAAGAAAUCAGACGUGGGUAAGACAGGCAGGAGAAACACACAAGGAGCUACUGGUCAGUCAUUACAGACAACUAGUCAAAAGAUCCAACAAAAUAAAGUGGCAGGUCCAAGCUCUCAGACUGGCUUGAUAGGACAAAUUUCAACCGUUCAUCCUAAAGAAAGAAGUAUGAAGAAUACUAAUAAUUUAAAACAAUUGCCAAGGAGUGUUUCUAAACAAAAUGGUUAUAAAGCAACCCAAAAACUCCAAAACCAGAGUAAUGUACAAGCUUUGACAUCAUUUGCUCUGAAACCCGAUUCUUCAAAUAAUGUUAAACCUGAAGCCAAGAAAAGUCGCAUUCCAAUUUCAUUGUCCAUGACCAGACUAUCCCAUACCAAAAGAUCUGUAAAUCGUGAGGAAAUGGUUACACAUUCUGCCACAGUACGCAGGAAGGUAAAGGAAGAAAUGACCACCUCGAUAUCGGGACAGCCCUCGAACACAGAAAAGUCGCCUGGGGGUGGUGGGAUACUAAAAUCAUAUCCGCUGCGGAACCGUCUGCGCCUAAGCGACGGUGGUGGAGGCGGUGGUGGAGGUAGCGGCGGUAAUAACCCGCUUACUGCUGGACGCUUAGAGCAGCAGGGGCAGUCGCAGUCAUUGCCCUCAUCGCCCUCUUCGCAAGGCGUUGCCUUCCUGGCUGACACCUUCAGAAGACUUAGAGAGUCACGGAGAUCUUCACAAGAACAGUCUGCAACCAGUAAAAGAAACACCCCGCAGACCAAAGACUCGAGACAGUCAGCAGGAACUUGGAAAAGAACACACGGAACCAAAAAAUCGCCUCUUUCUUCUAAACGUAGCAGUCGCAGUAAAACCAACAACACGGGGUCGUGUGCCAGUAGCAGCCAGCACUCGUCUAGAGGGUGCGGGAAGGUGAGUUUUGGCAGCGGUGGCUCAGGCAUGUCUGGGUCACAUGGUGGCCAUGAGGGUUCCUCCACAUCAUCAGGCCCCCCACAAGCCUCUUCCCAUGGUGCUUGUUCCACUACAGGCACUACAGGAGGCACUAGUUCAACUGGAGUACCUCCAGCCACCACCACGGCCUCCGCUGCUCUCCAUGUGGCACCUUCUACCUCGACUACUUCGGGUUUGCUGCCUACAGCAUCAUUGGCUACACUUGGAGCCAUAGGUGGUGGAAGUAGCAGUGGAGCAAGUGGAGGCCUGGCUGGCAGCAUUGGAGGACUCAUGGGUGCACCAACAGAUAGUGAGAGUGAGGAAAAUGAAAUGGGACGAUUAGAAACUUUGUUGGCAUCGCGUGGUCUUCCUCCUAGCCUGUUUGGGGCAUUAGGGCCUCGCAUGCAACACAUUUUGCAUCGCUCGGUUUCUUCCUCCAUUAGUUCCAAGGCACAGCAGCUCUUAGUUGGGUUGCAGGCAAAUGGUGAGGAAAGUGAGCAGCUUCAAGCAGUUAUAGAGAUGUGUCAGUUGUUAGUAAUGGGCAAUGAAGACACACUGGCAGGCUUCCCCAUCAAGCAAGUCACCCCAGCACUAAUCAACCUGCUUAAUAUGGAGCACAAUUUUGAUAUGAUGAAUCAUGCAUGUCGAGCCUUAACCUACAUGAUGGAGGCCCUACCUAGAUCAUCAGCGGUGGUGGUGGAUGCAGUACCGGUGUUUUUAGAGAAGCUACAGGUGAUCCAGUGUAUGGAUGUUGCAGAGCAGUCGCUGACUGCUCUAGACAUGCUUUCUCGUAAGCAUUCAAAGUCAAUAUUGCAGGCUCAUGGAGUGUCUGCUUGCCUAAUGUACAUAGACUUCUUUUCAACUGGAGCCCAACGUGCGGCUUUAAGCAUUACUGCCAACUGCUGUCAGAACCUCACUGCCGACGAGUUCCAUUUUAUAGCAGAUUCUCUUCAACUCCUGUCAUCAAGAUUAACUACACAGGGAGAUAAAAAGUGUGUGGAAAGUGUCUGCUUAGCAUACAGUCGACUAGUGGAUUGUUUCCAAAAUGACCCCAACCGCCUUCAAGAGAUAGCUGGCCAUGGUCUUCUGUCAAACAUUCAGCAACUGCUGGUUAUGUCCCCACCUGUAUUGAACAGUGGAACAUUCAUCAUGGUAAUAAGAAUGCUGUCCUUUAUGUGCAACAACUGUCCAGAACUGGCUGUGCAACUUUUAAAAAACAACAUUGCACAUACACUGUGUUACCUUCUCACCAAUUCUACAGAACCUCCGGGAGAACAAGUGGAACUAGUAUCUCGCAGUCCACAAGAGUUGUACGAGAUUACUUGUUUAAUUGGUGAAUUGAUGCCAAUGCUUCCCUCGGAUGGCAUCUUUGCUAUUGACGGGGCUUUGCAACGACCGUCUAGUUGUCCUCAGGAUGCUGCUCUUUGGCAGUGGCAAGAUGCUACGUGGCAAAAUUAUUCAACAAGUGAUUCAAGAAUUAUAGAACAUUCUCAUCAGUCAGGAGAGGAUGAAAUAAGCCUAUGUAUUCAAGGUCGUGCAUACACCAUAGAUUUUCAUUCGAUGCAGCAAAUCAACGAUAACUCCGGCACCAUGCGGUCUGUUCAAAGGCGCAUGAUGCCCGUAGGCUUAGGUGGAACUGUGCUUACAGCUACCCAGGCGACAGAUGCUAGAGCGAAGUGCCUGUGUGAUGAUUCUGAGUUGGCAUCCAAUCUCAUCCGCUCACUCUUUAGUUUGCUCUAUGAAGUGUACAGUUCUUCUGCGGGACCUGCUGUGCGAUACAAAUGCCUAAGAGCCCUCUUGAGGAUGGUACAGUUCUCCAGUCCAGAUCUUCUACAGCAGGUGUUGAAGAGCCAGAGUGUUUCAUCUCAUUUGGCCACUAUGUUAUCAUCACACGACUUGAAGAUCAUUGUUGGAGCUAUUCAGAUGGCAGAGAUCCUCAUGAUAAAGUUGCCAGAGAUAUUUGCAAUUUACUUUCGCCGUGAAGGAGUGAUGCAUCAAAUAAAACGCUUGUGUGACCCAGAUGCUACCUUGGUAACACCAGCAGCUAAAUGGAAUAGCCCGGAGCUUUCCUUAGGGUCUGGUCGUGUUACAAAUCCAAGUUCUACUAGUCCCUUGCUCACUGGCCGUCCAUUCAAUGGCAACUGCUUGGACUCUACCCCGUCUCUUCCUACACCACCAAAUCAGGAUGAUGAUAAAUUGCAGAGCCCAUCACAACUAAGACUUUACGAUGUACUGAAGCGUAAACGCACAGCCCGUAUGCGUACUGGAACCUGGAGAAAAAGUAGACAAGAUGAUUCAACGUCGUCAUCGUCAUCUUUCAGCGAAUUCUUCAUGAAGAAUGCAGGCUUGGGGGGUCGAGAUACAUGGAGAGGGAUGGCUAAUCGUACGAAACUUGUGACGGGCAAUAACAGUAGCAAUUCUACGAGCAACAGUAGUGGUGGCGGCGGGAGCGGUGGCAGUAGUAAGUCCUCUUUCCUCGCUAACUUUAAUCCUUCACGCUGGGGAAGGUGCAAUUCUGCCACUUCAACUCCUUCACAUGAAUCACCUGCUGGAAAGGACAAAUUAGUUAGUAACAAUAUAAGCAGCAGCGGAAGUAGCAGUAAUAAUAAGGAAGUAGUUCGUGUGUGGGUGAGGGAUCAAGCACAGAGACUUAACCAGCAGUACUUCACCACUGAAUUACAAGGAGCUUCACAUCCUGCCCUUAGUGUAUUAAAUAGACUUAUAGCAGCUAUUCAGCAAUUAGAGCAAGAGCCAAAUAGUGCUGUCCAGGCCUUAAGGGAAAUUAGCAGGAUUGUAACAGAAAGUGAUAUAAGUCCAUUUGAAGUGAUCCACUCUGGGUUGGUUCGUUGUCUAUUGACCUACCUCACUGCCUCUGAAAAUACGACUCUGUCCUUAACGCACGACGGAGCCUUAUUGACAGCCAUUGGUGGGGUUAGCAGUAGCUCUGAAAAUGGAGGCCUUACAGCCAUCUGCAUAAGCACACCACGGGACACCAGACUCAGGAAUUUCCUUCAUGUCUUCCUUGGAUGUACAUUGAAUACACUAAGCUUAGGCACUGUGGACACGAGUCACAUUGCAUUAUUCAGUGCACUGAUAACGAAGCUCAAUGGGUGUGUCAAUCAGUUAGAGCAGUUUCCAGUGAAGGUCCACGACUUGCCAGGCACUGCUCUUUCAGGUUUGGGUAGAGGAGGGUCCACAUCAGCCAUAAAGUUCUUCAACACACACCAGCUCAAGUGCAACUUGCAACGUCACCCAGAUUGCACAAGACUAAGACAGUGGCGUGGAGGACCAGUUAAGGUUGAUCCAUUGGCAUUGGUGCAGGCCAUUGAACGUUACCUUGUAAUCAGAGGCUAUGGUCGACUCAGGGAUGAAGAUGACGACAACUCUGAUGAUGAUAAUUCAGAUGAAGACAUAGAUGAUACUUUGGCUGCUGUAUCAGUUAACCAGAGUUCUUCAAGUCAUAAACUUCAGUUUGUGAUAAAUGAUCACAUCUUGCCAUACAACAUGACUGUCUACCAAGCAAUCAGACAGUUCUCCUCGCCCUCCGAUGCCAGUGCCUCCGAAGCAGACACAGAUACCGAAACUCCAAUAUCUCAUUCUGCUAUAUGGCUACAAACUCACACUAUAUAUUAUAGGCCUUUACAAGAGGAGGAGCAAAGUCGAAGUUCUGGAGGCAGAAAGGGCAAAGCAGGGGGUUCCAAAACCAGCCCCAAGAAGAAAGCAGAUACUUUUGUUGGAGAUGGAAGUAUUGUUGGAGGGAACAACAGUGUUCUUGACCAGUACCUGACUGCCAAUCUUCCUGCUAGUGUGACUGUCAGUGACCCAAGUAUUGAAGUGCUGGCACUACUACGGGUUCUCCAUGCAUUGAACAGACACUAUGGCUCCCUCUAUCCCACAGCAUGUUACCCAUCCCCUCUUCCUACAGCCGAGUUCACAAAUCUCAAAUUAACAGCUAAAGCUAAUAGACAGUUGCAAGACCCUUUGGUUAUAAUGACUGGGAAUGUUCCACCAUGGUUGCCUCAAAUAGCAUAUGUUUGUCCGUUCCUGUUUCCGUUUGAGACGCGCCAACUGCUCUUCUAUGCAGUUUCCUUCGACCGUGACCGAGCCUUACAACGACUUAUGGACUCCUCUCCUGAGCUCAAUUCUGUUGACAGUAGUGAAAGAGUUACCCCGAGACUUGAAAAACGAAAGAGAACUGUCUCUCGUGAUGAUAUUCUCAAACAGGCAGAGUCUGUGAUAAGUGAUUUGGCUUCUUCGAGAGCCAUGUUAGAAAUUCAAUAUGACAAUGAAGUGGGGACAGGUUUAGGGCCCACGUUAGAAUUUUAUGCACUAGUUUCUAAAGAACUACAGAAAGCAGAUUUAGAACUAUGGCGUGGUGAAACGGUUACUGUGGAAGAAAGAACUGAAGAUAAUCCAGGAAAAGCAGUGAAAUAUGUUAAUGCCAGCAAUGGCCUUUAUCCAUUACCUGUACCCAGAAACAUGAAAUCUGCUCACAUGACAAAGUUAAGAACAAAAUUCAGAUUCCUUGGGAAAUUUAUGGCGAAGGCAGUCAUGGAUUCCAGAAUGCUGGAUUUGGGUCUUCACGAGUGUGUGUACAAAUGGUUAUUGAGUGAAGAAUGGUCCCUAGGAUUGGGGGACGUAACUGCAUUAGAUCUGACACUUGGGCAUACUCUGGACAGGCUUCACGCUACAGUCUUGCACAAGAGGCGCGUUACCGCGCAAGCAGAGCAGGAAGGAAUCUCGGGAAUAGAGCUUCAGACUCGUCUAGAUGCUUUAACAGUAGAUGGCUGCAGUGUGGAAGACCUGGCGCUAACCUUUACUCUGCCUGGCUACCCUAAUAUAGAAUUUCGAAAGGGGGGCUCUGAUAUAUCGGUCACCAUUAAUAACCUCGAUCAGUACCUGCAACUCGUGAUAGAAUGGCUAGUGCGGGAGGGAGUGAGAAGACAAAUGGAAGCCCUUCGUGAAGGAUUUGAAUGCGUGUUUCCUUUGACACAACUCCACGUCUUUUAUCCUGAGGAGCUCGAGCAAUUGUUCUGCGGUUCCUCGGAUGCAUCACAAUGGGACAUGAAGCAGCUAGCAGAGUGCUGCCGGCCAGAUCAUGGCUAUACGCACAAUUCUCGAGCAGUCAAGUUCCUGUUGCAAAUUUUGUCAGAAUAUACAUCUGCUCAACAGCGAUCUUUCCUACAAUUUGUCACGGGUUCACCCCGGCUUCCUGUUGGAGGUUUUAGAAGUCUAACUCCAGCUCUCACAAUUGUGAGGAAAACGUUUGAAGCUGGAGAGAACCCUGAUGACUUCUUACCCUCUGUGAUGACCUGCGUUAAUUACCUGAAACUACCAGACUACUCCAGUAUUGAUAUUAUGCGUGCCAAAUUGGAGAUCGCGGCCAGAGAGGGUCAGCACAGCUUCCACCUCUCAUAGAAUGAACUCUUAAAAGACUUGCAAGCUGAUGCUCAACCCACCAAUUUUUGGGCUUCACAUUGUGAUAUAUACAGUUUCGUUUUGUGCAUGGUGUCCAACAUCAAAUGUGUUGCCAAGGUAAAGUGUGACGGCAAGAUUACAAAUGAAAAUGUCGUACUCUGCUCAUAAAACCUUGUUGCCAAUUGGCUAAGCAUUUAUUGAAGUCAUGGUAGUGAUCAUAAUUAUGAUUUGUGAUUUCUAUAUCAUUCCUGGGGAUGUAUUCUUACCUGUGCCUGUCGACAACCUGUGAAGUUUUCCAUCUUGUGGCCCUCACCUCAACAGUACAGUCGAAUUUAUUACUUGCAGUUGCUCAGCUUCUGCUAACUGGAGGACAGUGUGAUGCCUUUCAGUUAGAUACCAUAUGAAAAAUUAUUAGCAUUUAGCAAUAUUAAAUAAAUAUUUGGACACUUUCUACAUCAGUGCUUUAUUUUAGCCUUGUAUUAUUUUCAAACAAUUUAUAUGGAAAAAUUCUGUAGUACCCCAUGAAAAAUGAACUGUGAUAUCCCCAUUUGUCCAGUUUCUUCAAGCAGCUUUGGUUACAUCAGCUGGUUUAAGUUGCCACUAUUUUAUGACUGAUGUUGGGCACAUUGGAGAAAUAAGCUAAGAUCCCAGCAUGUUCAUAACUGACCACAUCAAUUAAUUUGAGUUAGACAAGACGUUUGCAGAGCAUUAAAACGUUACCCAUCAUUUGAUCUCGUCAUUGUUUCCAUUGAGAGUGUUUAGUCUUUGUUUUCUCUAAAUUACCCACAUUAUAAUGGUAUGCCAUAAGAUUGUGGGUCAUUGUUAGGAUUUGAGUUUGUGUAUAUAUAAUUUACUCAUUUUAAAUGAGAUCCCAGAACCUGAGGGCAAUUUUGUUUGUUUACUGUACAAUGACUUUGACCAUUUUACUUUGGGGACCCUUCUCACUAAACUUGCUUAUGAAUAUCAGACCUAGUCAUUUGAAAGAUAGCAUCACAAUGGAUAUAACUGUUCUUUGUUUAGUUUUUUAGAAAAUGGUUUAAUAAGGCCAAGAAUGCAUUUCUUCAAUUGUUUUUAAGUCAUAAAACUGCUUCAACUAGUAAAUACAUUUGUUAUUUAUGAAACAUUGUUGGUUUAUCAUGCUCAAUUUUUAUUGCAUCUUCCAUUUCAAUUUCUGAUAAACUGCAGGUCAGUGCAAAAGUAAGAAUGGGCAUUACAAUUACUGGGGGGGUGGGGGGGAAGGAUCGGGUAUCUUUGCAAUGUAGUAUACUCCUAAUAUCAAUACUGUAUCUCAAUCAAAAUUUAUUUCACUGUUUUGCUUUUAGUUUGAUAAAUAUUUUUUUAAAGAUACAGUUUGGAUGUCGGUGGGAAUACUAGAAUAUUAAACCAAAUAUAUGUAUGUAAUUUUUUAUAAUGUUUAAUCUUGAACUGGUCCUGGUGGACUCUUGCUGAACAUUCUCAUUCUAUGUGGAUUGGCACACAGACAGAAGCAUAAAAGCUAUGCAUUAUAAAGCCUGGUUGUGCAUUCUGCCAACAUCAGAACUCGGUUGCCAGCUGUGUUGCCUUGUUGGUUGCACCAUCACCAGUCACUUCAUAUUCUUGGAAGUUUACCAUCUACAGUAUUGAGUUCAUUUGAUUCUUUUGGGUAUUUUGUGUAACUACACACCUGCUGGAUUGGCCUUAAACUGCUCUCAAAUUUUAUAUAUUUUUGUUAAAUGGAUAUUUUUUAUUUAUUGAUAGUAUCUUUUGGCAGUCAGUAUUACAGAUGUUGAGUCAUGAGUGUUUCAGUUACAGUAUACAGGAGAUGUAUAAGAGUAAUCGAAAAUUGUUUUAGGUUCUAGGCAAGUUGUGCGUUCUUUGGUAUUGAACAAUGAUGAAUUUGCCUCGAUACUGAAAGCUGAAUGUUAAGUGACUCGUGUUUCAACAUGUGUUGUUCUGAAAUGGCCCAUAAAUUGAUGCUCCUGGCAUGUCCAAUGUAUGUAUUGUGAGUACAUGUCAUGUUUAUCAGUGCCUACUUUAAAUAUCAGAUUGAUGUAUAUUAUAGAUAUAAUCAGAAAUCACAUAACUGUAAUACACAGUAAAUAAUAGUUUUUACAGAAAACAAAAUGUGAUAAUGUAAUGAGUACCCAAGAGCAUAUUGCUAUGAAUGUGUAAACUAAGUUUUUUGUAUUUACCUUGUGAACCUCAGUUGAUUAUUGGUAGUAAACUUUUGUGAUAGUACUUUUUUUUUUUUUUUUAGUCACUUUCUUUUU